AAAGCUGAAGAACCGAAUUUCAUUGCAUCUUUCUUUCUUUCCUGUUGCAUCAUGCGGACCGCCACAAAUUUCUCAUCCACAAACUCAAAAUUCCUUAUCACUCCACAAUGUUCUCCACACUCAUAGGCCAUCUUGCUAGUUCUUGUUACUACUCACUUCUUCUCUCUACCUUGUGUUGUGGUGUCCCUCUUUCUUCUCUUCAAUAAUAGCAUUAGCAUGUCUCUCACCAUCAAACUACAACUACUUCCUUUUCUCAACCAAAACCGCCACCAUGCAGCACCAACAAAAAACAUAACCAGAAAACAACACGUGUCAGGUUCUAACCGCCACAACGUGAGAAUUCGUCCUGAACCGAUUUACAGUUCCAAUUCUCUUAUCAUCGCAACCACUAGGAAACUGAAGCUACCGAGAAUGCAGGGUGUGAGGAGCUCGUUGAUAGAGCCUGAUGGAGGGGCAUUGGUGGAUCUUGUGGUGCCGGAGAGCCAGAGGGGGUUGAAGGCGGUGGAGGCGGAGGCGCUGCCGAAGGUGCGGCUGACGAGGGUUGAUCUUGAGUGGGUACAUGUGAUUGGGGAAGGGUGGGCUAGUCCUUUGAGGGGUUUCAUGAGGGAGGAUGAGUAUUUGCAGAGCUUGCAUUUCAAUUCCAUGAGAGUGGAGGGUGGUGGUGGUGGUGGUGGUGGUUCUGUGGUGAACAUGUCGCUUCCCAUUGUGUUGGCUAUUGAUGAUGAGACUAAGGGUCAAAUUGGGUCGUCGUCAAAUGUGAGUUUGAUUGGGCCUGAUGGUGAUUGUGUUGCAAUUCUUAGAAGUAUUCAAAUCUACAAGCAUAACAAGGAAGAAAGAAUAGCUAGAACUUGGGGAACAACUGCACCAGGAUUGCCAUAUGUUGAAGAGGUGAUUACCCCAGCUGGAAAUUGGCUUAUUGGAGGAGAUUUGGAAUUGCUAAAACCUAUCAAAUAUAAUGAUGGUCUUGAUCACUACAGGCUCUCACCCAAACAACUUCGUGAGGAAUUCGAUAGGCGUGAAGCUGAUGCAGUUUUUGCCUUUCAGUUAAGAAAUCCAGUGCACAAUGGCCAUGCCUUGUUAAUGAACGAUACGCGUAAUCGCCUGUUGGAAAUGGGUUACAAAAAUCCAAUCUUAUUGCUUCAUCCUCUUGGAGGUUUCACAAAGGCUGAUGAUGUGCCCUUAGAUGUCAGGAUGGAGCAACAUAGCAAGGUCCUAGAAGAUGGAGUUCUUGAUCCAGAGACUACCAUAGUUUCUAUCUUUCCAUCACCUAUGCAUUAUGCUGGUCCAACGGAAGUGCAGUGGCACGCCAAGGCACGAAUAAAUGCAGGUGCUAACUUCUAUAUUGUUGGUCGUGAUCCUGCUGGUAUGGGUCACCCGACUGAGAAAAGGGAUUUGUACGACCCUGAUCACGGGAAAAAGGUGCUCAGCAUGGCUCCUGGUCUUGAGAAGCUUAACAUUUUGCCAUUCAGGGUGGCAGCUUAUGACACUAAGGACAAAAAGAUGGCAUUUUUUGAUCCAACCCGUUCUCAAGAUUUCCUAUUUAUAUCAGGAACCAAGAUGCGGGCUUAUGCAAGAAGCGGGGAGAAUCCACCAGAUGGAUUUAUGUGCCCAAGUGGAUGGAAGGUUCUUGUUAAUUAUUAUAAAAGUUUGCAGGCGGAAGAGGCAGCACAACAGCCUGUGCUAUCUGCUUAGACAUAACUAGGAAUUUUUGCAUUAAUUGGUUCCAAAGGAAGAGUGUUAAGGGUACAGUUCCAGGAGUGCCAAUUUUGAUGCAUGGUCUUCCAGCUUCAUGGUCAAGAAUUCAGCAAUGCGCAAGCAUAUUUUAGUUUUUUUUUAAUCCAAUGAUUCAUCUUUGGUUUCCUUAUGAAGUUACUAUGAAUGAAGAUUUUGUUGUGGUGUGUCAGGCAUUAUUGCAGAAUCCUCUAUCUGAUCUGAGUCUCAACAUAAGGACUAGAAAUUUUCAGUAGAACCUGGGUGCUGUUGGCUAUUAACAGGGUGUAUAGAGAAUGUGGCCUUGAGAACAAACACACUACAAAGUGGGGGGACUACUACAAGGACAAGAAAGGGAAAAGCAACCACAUGUUGUCCAGGGGAUAAUUCAAUGGACCACAUGGGCUGUUGUGGUGUGUCUGAAUUCUGAUGAACAAUUUUUAAGGAGGGAAAGUACAUAUUUUACUGCAAAAUGUUUUAUUUCGACAUUUGAGCAUAAAAAAUUGAAAAUUAUGAUGACA